UACAAAUGAAAGCGCAACACUUGAUUGCCUUGUCUUACCCGCCUUACAAAGACGAUCCAUUCAUACCGCCGCGCGGUCGCAAACACAAUUUGCCCGAUCUGGAUGCAUUGCUCAAUCGUUACGAGACAUUUGUGCCGAAUCGCGGCAAACGCGACAAAAUCAAAGACCUUUUCAAGUAUAACGAUUUGUUCUUUCCGAAUCGCGGCAAAAAGUUGAAGCCGCCAAAGGCUGGAACGUUGGCGCUUGGCGGCCAAUGGCAGCGUAGCCCUGGUGACGAUGAGGCGAACGAGGUGACGGGAAGCUAUAGUGAGAAUGAAGGCAAUGCCAGCGAUAGUGAGGAGAGCGUGCGGUUGUUAGACAAUCAAGUUGAUGGCAACGAUGACAGCAACCUGACAGCGCCGCCUGUCAGAGACGCCAUACGCCGCAUGCAGGGCGGACGGAAGAGACAUUUGCAACCGCAUGAACUUGGCUUGGCAGGGUCAGGGCGGAACGCAGGCGCUGAUGAUGGUGAAACGAUACGAAUUUUGUUUGACAAGAGCAGCGAUGACAACGGCAACAAUUACAGUGACACAAUUGACAACAAUCUAGCGGCUGUUGUUGAUGGCAAUGGUGAUGGUGGAAAGGACGCCGCCGCCGUCACAGCCAUUGUUAACUGGCUGCAGAGCAACAGAGCUAUUACAAAAAAUCUAUUUAAUGAAAACGAUCAAUCAGUCACAUCAACAUUUUCCGCACAACAGCCGCUUGUGCGCGGCGCAUUUACAGAUCCACGCAUGCGUCGCGUGGCGCGCACAUUCGCCGCUGCGACAAGGCCCGCAGCUAAUCAUUGGCGUUCAAUGUUUUCGAUGACAAGGCAGCCUCUACAAACAAUUCGACAGCAAUUGCAUUACGAUCAACGGCGACGAGCAACAGUACAACAGCAACAACCAACCAAAUCAGCGCUGCGCCUCUACGGCCGCCAUUUGCGCCAUGAACAACUACAAAAUGAACCACGGCAGAAAAAGCAGGCGCAACGGCGCGCUGCCUGGCAGUUAUCACUGCUGCCAACACCAGCGCGCGCCAGCAACAACGAUUUCGAAUUUUUGUUCGCGCGGCAUUUACAACAAUCUAACAGACCAUCGAUGAUAGUACAACAUCCGUCAUUGACAUGGUGGCAACCAAAGCAAUUGCAAUUGCAGCAACAUUCACUAGUUGGUCCAGUUGAUGAUGGUGUCGCAGCUAGGCGCAGCAGCUCCCCAGAGAACACAGAAACCGAUUGCAGUGAUUUUAGCAUUUAA